CGUUUACACGGAAGUGAUUUUUUUUUAAUAUUGUUGAGCGAACCGAAACGUCUGUUCCGCUUUUCCUGGUUUAGCGAUGCUUGUCUAAAUUCAAAUGUUCUUUGAGGAUGGUAAGUGCGUCAUAAUGUCUGAGUCGCCGCGAAUGGCGGAUGACCUGGGCCGGUUGACGGACGACAGGACGUGACUGAAAGAAAGAAUUUUGACACUUUGUCAGAGCGGACAAGAAGUGAGCUGCAAUUCCCUUGUUCGUAAUUUUAAGACUCACUUACAGGCAGCCAUGGCUUCAUCGCGGCUCAAGUACCUCUCUCUGGGCGUGCUGGUGUUCCAGACCACAUCCUUGGUGCUCAUCAUGCGCUACUCCCGAACCUUGCAGGCGGAGGGUCCGCGGUACCUGGCCUCUUCGGCCGUAGUGGUGGCCGAGGUCAUGAAGAUCGUCAUCUGUCUGAUGCUCGUCUUCAAAGACCACAGUUACAGCGUGCGAGCGUUCAACAGCGUCCUCCGGCAGGAGAUCGUCUACAAGCCCAUGGAAACCCUGAAGCUGGCCAUCCCCUCGGGCAUCUACACCCUGCAGAACAACCUGCUCUACGUCGCCCUCUCCAACUUGGAUGCCGCCACCUACCAGCUCACGUACCAGUUGAAGAUCCUCACCACGGCUUUGUUCUCCGUGCUCAUGCUGAGACGCCGGCUGGGCAUCUACCAGUGGCUCUCCUUGCUCAUCCUCAUGACCGGAGUGGCUCUCGUACAGUGGCCGUCUGAAUCCUCGGUGGUGGCGGAGAAGGCGUCAACUUCCACAGGCUCCCAGUUUGUGGGCGUCAUGGCCGUCUUGGUGGCGUGCUGCUCCAGCGGCUUCGCCGGCGUCUACUUUGAGAAGAUCCUGAAGGAGAGCAAACAGAGCGUCUGGAUCCGCAACAUCCAGCUCGGGAUGUUCUGCCUGGUGUUCAGCUUUGUGGGGAUGCUGAGCUUCGAUGGCGACAAAGUGAUGGAGUUGGGGAUGUUCCAGGGGUACAACGCCGUCACCUGCACCGUGGUCACGCUGCAGGCGCUGGGCGGUCUGGUCAUCGCGGCGGUCAUCAAGUACGCCGACAACAUCCUCAAAGGCUUCGCCACGUCGCUCUCCAUCAUCGUCUCCACGCUCAUUUCCUACUUUUGGCUCCAGGACUUUGAUCCCACCAGCAUCUUCUUCCUGGGAGCCGCCCUUGUUAUUGGUGCCACAUUCCUCUACGGCUACGAAGGCAAGAAGCCGGCCAACCCCAGCAGGGCGUGAGACGGGCGUGGGCCCAGCACCAUCAAAGGAGGUCAGUUCCUAUACACAAGAGGAACAAGUAAAAAAAAAAAAAAUAGGUCAAGCACAAUUGCUGGCGACACCUACAGCGGGAAACGUUCUUGCGUAAUCACGCCAUCUGUAGCAAUAAUGUCAUCACGUGUUACUGAAGAACGGCUGCUGGCUAAGGAUUCCAGUUACGUCGUAGGUAAUCCUGUUUUCCUACAAUUUGGUUCUCAAAUGAAAUGUCCUCCCCGCCAAACCGUAAAAUACAGGAUAACCUCGACAAGUCAACUUUCCAAAACUUGCCCAUCUAGGCUGCCGUCUGCGGCGCCAAUGUCAAGAAUGGGCGUUCAAGCGGCCAUUUUGCUUUGUUGCCAGGCAACCCAUUUUGAGCGUCUUUGCUCAACAUGGCUACCGAGUCGCUUGAGAAACACUUGAGGGUGACUACCCGACCGACGCCGUUACUAAGAAAUGAAGUCGGUUACAGUGGAUGUAAAUAAUGACUGACGCCUUUGAAACGAUUAAAUCAAUUCAGAAGAUUCAUUUCAAUGAGUGAUUCCGUUAGAUCGUGUAAUUUAUUGUUAAUGUCGGGGUGAAAAUGUGGUCCUCCCCUUUUUUUUUUUUUUUAAUGCUGAUCAGAGAUUGAUGAGGUUUUAUUUUGAAAAGCUUCAUUUGAUUGUAGUAUUUGAGUGAUGAUUAUUUUUAUUAAGAUCAUCUUUUCAGGAUGCUCGCGCUGCUUUUCCUGAUAAUCUUUCAUACGCUGCAACUUAACCCAGUGCAUUAAAGAAAAAAACAUGUUUGCCAUGUAAAAGUCGUGAUCAGCCACGUUGCAUUUAAUUUCUUUAUCUACCUCAUCCAUUCCGUCUUCACAUCAAACGUCGAUAUCAAAUGCAUAAGUUGACCAGCGCGAUUCAUGUGAAAGUAUGUUUUCAUCGUUUUGGGAGUCUGCCUGGAGUUUCAAUUGAAUUUGUUUUCUCAUUUCAAUCAUAUUGUGAGCCUCAUAGUAUAUUUGCUCAAGUCAUUUUAAAAUGACUGCGACAAUAAAAAUAAAAGGCCAAUGAGUUUGCUAAAA